GUCACUGUCAACGAGCCGACGUGUUGUAAGUUGUAAACAAAAUAAUCAAUUUAAACAAUCUAAAGACGCAAAAUAGCCAAAUCGCGAUAUGAACAAACCCGCGCAUCCUUGGCAAAGACCGAUCAGCUCUUUAUACUCUCUGACGUUAGAAUACGUCGUUAAUAAUUUGAACGUCUACGUGAACGAAAACGAUGACCGCAUCAGCGCUUUACCUCACCAAAUCAAAAACAGGCUGUUGAAAAAAUUCACCGCCACGUCCCGCUUCAUGCACAAAAAAGUCAAUUUCAAAACCGCCUUGAAAUCGAUAGUCAAUAAACAAACCAGUUCAAUUAACUUACUGCUCGCCGAUAUCGACGACGACGUGUUACAUAUCAUAGGAACCUGCGAGAACGUUAAGGACUUGUAUUUGUCGGGAAUCGACGCUUCAAUUAGUACUAAAGGUUUGAUACGUUUAUUAGAAAAUUGCCAUAAUUUAGUUACGUUCAUUUUGAGCGAAUGCCCCGCAAUAAACGACGCUGUGCUGGAAUGCAUCGCCGAUAAUUGCCCUAACAUAAACGGUUUAGACAUCAACGGCAGCUCCGUUACCGAUGCAGGAAUCAAAAAGUUAUCGAACUUAAAACGCUUACGUUGCAUUAAUCUAUCCGCAACAAAGAUUACAGACGAAGGCAUCGUACACCUAGUAAAAGGCCCCUCGGGCAGCGUACUGAAAGAAUUGAUCAUAGAAAACGCUGAAAUUAGCGAAUUCGGUUUGAGACAAAUCGCCGAACAUUGUCCGAAUCUCGAAGUCCUAUCGUUUUACAACAUCGACAAACGAGAUGACGCGACCUGCCCGACAUUCUCCAGCGAAUUGAAGAAUCUCAAACAGCUCUCGUGGACGGUCGUUUGGUAGUUACCGUUUAUCCGCUUAUUUGUACAUUAAACUUGAAAAUAUCUAAUACUA